GAAAAAAUAAGGUCAUAUUUGAUUUUGGCGCAGUUUCUUAAGGUCGUCCGUACAAGCAUUAUUUAUUUUCUUCUCCCUCCUUUUUUUUCCCUAUGAACCCUAGAUUUACGCUGUCGCUCUGCUAAGAAGCCGCCGUCCACGUCUAUCGUCGCCGUCGCACCACUUUGUGAAGACCCACCGUGUUUCAACCCCCUCCCGUUCUCUUCGACGGAAUCCUAGAUCUUCACUGCCGCCUUCCGUACGUUCAACUUCGCUGAUGCACCACGUUCUCCAUUUCUUUCCCUCUCUCCUCUGCAACCAUUGACGCUGUUUGCCGUCCGCGUUUUGUAUUUUUUUCGUUUGCAGAUCACCUCGUUCCAGGGUCACUGCCGUCGUUGCAUAGACGGCACCUGCUUGGCCUGUUGUACCUUUCGCCGUCGCACCUGUCGUGGCUCGGAGAAAUGAUUAUGUUGCGACGUUGCUAGUCCUUAUUUGUAUAUGAGAGGAUUACAAGUUUCCUUGAAUCAAACCCAGAAGAUUCGGCUUCAAAGAGCCCUAGAAACGCUCGAGUCUAUCUCUUCGAAAGCAAAUUCCGAUGCUUCAGUUGUAGUUGCUGAUACUAUUCCUCUCAAUUACGAGGAUGGUGUCCUCAAGGGACAUGGAACCCUUGACUUGUAUGGAGAAGUAGUUGCCACUAUUUGUGGAGUGGUUGAGCGAGUCAAUAAGCUUAUCUAUGUACGUGCCUUACGUGCCAGAUAUAAACCAGAGGUUGGUGAUAUCAUAGUGGGGCGUGUUACGGAGGUUGCUCCUAAACGUUGGAGAUUGGAUAUAAAUUAUAGCCAAGAUGCUGUUUUGAUGCUUUCUUCUAUGAACUUGCCUGAUGGUAUUCAGAGGAGGCGAACUGCAGUGGAUGAACUCAACAUGAGGACCAUUUUUGAAGAAAAUGAUGUUAUUUGCGCAGAAGUUCGUGGUUUCCAGCAUGAUGGCCUACACCUUCAAGCAAGAAGCCAGAAAUAUGGGAAGCUUGAAAGAGGUCAGCUGCUCACAGUUUCACCGUAUCUAGUAAAGAGACGCAAACAGCACUUCCAUCAUUUGGAGCAGUAUGGUAUUGAUUUAAUACUUGGAUGCAAUGGAUUUAUCUGGAUUGGGGAGCAUGUUGAUCCUACAGAGGAUAUGAUGGUAGAAGAUCCAAUUAAUAAAUCUGAACAGAAGGGUUCAAAAUUUGAAGGAAGUUUUGGUAACCAAGUGCAAGAAAGAAUAUAUACUCCAUUGGAGACACGUCAGAAUAUAUGCAGAACUGCAAACGCCAUUCGAGUAUUGUCUAUCUUAGGUUUCAUAAUGUCAGUAGAAGUCAUAAUGGAGACAGUAAGUCUAAGUAUUUCUCUGAACAUCGAUGUGCAUGAAAUGCUUGGGUCGGAGUUCUGUGUUCUCACUGCAGAAAAAGAGGCUGAGCGGCGGACUUCGAGUAAGAAGAGGGGAUGAUUUGGUUUUCAAAAUUGUGUAAUUCACUCUUGAUGGAAAUUUUGCUACGAACAAUUUGAUUUUCAGAGGAACUCACUAUGAUAUCUUAGUUUGUGGAAUUUUAUAAUACCGACGAUUGGUCUGCUACUAGUGUUAACAUUAUAGAAUGCAAUAUUUGCUUAAUUAUUCUGUA